UCUUAGAGAACGUGAUUUGCGCAUGCGCUGCAGCGAGUUACCGCCGACCGAGUGAAUUGUUCGUUGGAUAUACCUGGCGCUCCCAGACUGCCCUGCGCCCCGGGAUAACCGGGCCUUCCGUCCGUCACCGGCAGCAGCGGAGCCCUCAGAGAGCCCCAGUUUACAGGGAGUCGGGAAUUAACUCCGGACCGAGGCCUAAAGGAACCCCAGCAGGGCCCCUUGCACUGGACGGGGGCCACAAGAGUUCUACUGUAGCUCCUCAGGUCUCCCCUGUACUGCUGAUGGGCCCCGGCACUUCUUGUGCUGAGGACAUUGGAGGGGCCCCUGGUGUAUAAGUGUGACUGGAGCUCUCUGUGUGGUCCAGGGGCCCCUUAUUACAUCGGCUGCUUGUAGGGCCCCGACCUGAGGACUGUUCUGUUUAUGGGCCCCUGCCUUCACCUGACCUUGGACUUCCACAACUGACAUGGCAGCUGCAGCCGCUGAACCCGCGGGGGGCACCAGCCCAGCUGGCUGCGGUCUAUGCUGUGGUCUGGGCGCUCUCGUCUCCCGCAGAGGAGCACCCACCAUGAAGAGGAGCACCCAGUCUGAGGGCAGCAUAGGGUUGCCCGGUUCUUCGUCUCAGGCGGGAGCGCUCACCAUGAAGAAGAUUGGGCACAGAGGUGUGGACUCUACAGGGGAGACCACGUAUAAGAAGACCACAUCGUCCGCUCUUAAAGGUGCCAUACAGCUGGGGAUCACCCACACGGUGGGCAGCCUCAGCACCAAGCCUGAGAGAGACGUCCUCAUGCAGGAUUUCUAUGUGGUCGAGAGCAUAUUCUUCCCUGGCGAGGGCAGCAACCUGACGCCUGCCCAUCACUACCACGACUUCCGCUUCAAGACCUACGCCCCUGUGGCUUUCCGUUACUUCAGGGAGCUUUUCGGCAUUCGGCCGGAUGAUUAUCUGUACUCGCUCUGUAACGAGUCCCUCAUUGAGCUGUCUAAUUCUGGGGCCAGCGGAUCGCUCUUCUACGUGUCCGGAGACGACGAGUUCAUCAUCAAGACGGUUCAGCACAAGGAGGCCGAGUUCCUGCAGAAGUUACUGCCUGGAUACUACAUGAACCUGAACCAGAACCCCCGCACCCUGCUGCCCAAGUUCUACGGACUGUACUGCGUCCAAGCCGGAGGCAAGAACAUCCGCAUCGUGGUGAUGAAUAAUCUGCUCCCCCGCUCCGUGAAGAUGCACCUGAAGUACGACCUGAAGGGCUCCACCUACAAGAGGCGCGCCUCCCCCAAGGAGCGGGAGAAGAGCUUCCCCACCUACAAGGACCUGGACUUCAUGCAGGACAUGCCUGACGGACUCUUCCUGGACCUCGACAUGUUCAGCGCCCUGUGCAAGACCAUCCAGAGGGACUGUCUGGUUCUGCAGAGCUUCAAGAUCAUGGACUACAGCUUACUGGUGGGCGUCCACAAUAUGGACCACGCACAGAGGGAGCAUACCGUGGUGGACGGCCAGACGCAGGCCGAUACGCGGAAACCGGCUGCACAGAAGGCACUCUACUCCACCGCUAUGGAAUCCAUCCAGGGCGAGGCUCGGCGAGGGGGCCCCAUAGAGACAGACGAUCAGAUGGGCGGUAUUCCAGCUCGUAAUGCGAAAGGAGAGCGUCUGCUGCUGUACAUCGGGGUCAUCGACGUCCUGCAGUCCUACAGGUUCAUUAAGAAGCUGGAGCACUCCUGGAAGGCGCUAGUCCACGAUGGGGACACGGUCUCGGUUCACAGGCCCGGCUUCUAUGCCGAACGUUUCCAGCGCUUCAUGUGUAACACGGUGUUCAAGAAAGUCCCACUCAAAGCCUCACCCUCCAAGAAGAGCCGGAUCAUGCCAGGCAUCACCCGCAGGGCCACCCAGCCUGCGGUGCCCUCUCAGCUACAACUGACAGGAGAGAGCAAGCAGUACCUGAGCCCAGAGCCCGAUCAGGAAGGUCCCUAUGGACGACCUGACGUGCUGCCCCGCACCCCUCCCGUAGAUGAAGCUGCCAGUGACUCCCUAGCCACCACUCUGUCCACAUCGUCUUUAGGCAGUGGAGGGUUAAACUCCCCGGCACACAGGGCGGUCGGUGUAGAAGUCCACAAAUCAGAGACGACCGAGAACGAGUCGAGCACAAGAGAGAGGACGGCUGACUCUGGUGCACACCCCGGAGAGGAGGAGGAGGAAGAGGAGGCGCUGGAUGCCAGUCAGAUUGAGACAGAGAUCUGUUUUUGAUGGGACUUGCUGCCACCUCUCUUGCGUGAGCGUCCAGGACACUGUAUUAUUGGACAUUGGGGGGCCUGGAGCCCCCGAUGAAUGUUACAAGUGGGGGGCCCCCCCUCACACCGCCUUAUGUGCAGUCUCCCCGACUUCCUAGAUGGUAUUUUUGGAGCAGACUGACGGUUUACGGACUUUGUGCUGUUCUUCAUGCUGCGUUGAGUAAACUUGGACCAAAAACUGAAAAGCGUUUGCUGCCUACGUUACCUGUGCCAGAAGAAAGGACCCCACCCCCCUCCUGUGCCAACUGACCUGUGCCCGGGCAUUGACUUUACAUGUAAUGAGAAGUGCAGCAGCGGGUCAGAACGGUGCAUCGCCCUCUACAGCCCCCAAUGACAAUGUAUUUAUUUAGCCUUAUCCUCAGUGCUGCCCCCAUGAGGUGGUACCUCCACAUUGCAGGGGGUCUCACAGCUCAAUCCGUGCUGUGGAGGGUGGAGACCCCCUGCGCUGCUGCACCUUCUCUUUUAUAUAUUCGCUUAAUUCUUACCUUCUGGUGUUUUUACUAUUUAUGAGAGUUUUAUUUAAGUCUAUAGCCUGUGCGGGGGCAGGGCACAUAAACCGAGACCUGACAAC